AGUCUGAAUAACUAACUCAGGUAUAGGGCGUUACAUUUGUGUCAGUACCCAAUGAUAAGAUGGCAAAGCUGCACGUAACGCCAUGGAUAAAAGCUGCCAACAUACCAAAACAAUAACUGACGACGUGCAUGAUGGCAAUGACUCCCAGCCAGGCCAACAGACGAUGCAGGAGAUCAUGAUCUGAGUUGGCUACAAUGUUACUGUUGGUUGGUUGGUUUGUUGGUUGUCUAGUCACGAUUUUUGUGGCGCAGACAACCGAACAUAUUUGAUUUGGCUGUUGAAAUUGCCAUGCUAUGGUCAAUUUCCAACAGACUGCUGCAGCAUAUGCCGGAUCCGUCCUUCAUCUAACUGCUACCGCUGAGGCGCUCGAAGUGUAGAAGGUGGAAUAGCGGAAGGAACCAGCCAUUCGUCUCACCUUGCCUCAGUCCACUUGGGGAGGACUACAUUGCGAUGGUGGCCGCACUGUAGUGAAUAAGAAUAUUCACUACAGUAUAGUGGUGCAGAUGGAGAAUGGAGCCUGGGGAUACAUGAUGACCGACCCGGUGACCCUGAAUGUGGGCGGUUGUCUCUACACCACCUCUCUGUGCACACUGCAGCGCUACCCCGACUCCAUGCUGGGGGCCAUGUUCCGUGGGGACUUCCCAACCACGCGGGACACUCAGGGUCACUACUUCAUCGAUCGCGACGGCCCCCUGUUCCGCUACGUCCUCAACUUCCUCCGCACCUCUGAGCUGACACUACCCUACAACUUCACGGAGAUGGAGCUGCUGAGGAAGGAGGCAGACUUUUACCAGAUUGAGCCGCUGAUCCAGUCUCUCACCAGCACCAAACCCCUCUACCCACUGGACACUUUCGAGGAGGUGGUGGAGCUCUCCUCCACCAGGAAGCUGUCCAAGUAUUCCAACCCUGUGGCUGUCAUCAUCACCCAGCUCACGCUCACCACCAAGGUCCAGUCGCUGCUGGAGGGCGUCUCCAACCACUUCACCAAGUGGAUCAAGCACAUGAUGGACACCAGGGACUUCCAGGUUUCCUUCACCUUUGGGCCGUGCGACUACCACCAGGAGGUGUCCCUGAGGGUGCACCUGGUGGACUACAUUUCCAAACAGGGCUUCACCAUCAGGAACACCAGGGUCCACCACAUGAGCGAGAGGGCCAACGAGAACACCGUAGAGCACCACUGGACGUUCUGCCGGCUGGCUCGCAAGGUCGACGACUGAGGAGGAUGAUGAUGAUGAGGAUGUUAAAGGACCUAUAAACGGAACUGAAUUUUCGGCCUCUGGGAAUUUCAGCUGAUGGUACAGGAGUGUGCAGAAUCCUUGUUGUUAUGAAUAACACUAUGAUUUCCCAGAAACAAUCCCAGCAGUGAAUCGACAUGCAGUGCAAAAGAUUCAGUUGCCUUUUACCCGACCAGAGCUUUACGAGAGAACACAAUGUCAGUAGUUAAUCAGCAAUGAAAAAAGACGAAGAAAUAUACUGGACUAGCUUUUUAAGGUUUUCACAAACAAAUGUACAAUUAGGCUCUGCUGAUCCGCGGAUCUUGUCGCUGACAACUUGGAUCAUUCUGGCUGUUAAUGGCUAAACCUGAUGGAAAAUAGUAGAACUGUCCGGAAAAGGGGCACUAAUAAUGGCUGUCAAACGUAAUCCAUUUCUACCUGACUCCUGGGGUUUUUGGGAAACUGAAUAAAGGUACAUCGCAAUAGGCUGUGUGCCAGACAUGACAACAACGGCUGUCAACGGAAUUUGCGGCACAAUGGCAUCAUUAGCAUCGGGCGAACUCCCUGAGCAUCUAGGGAGCUAAACCGUCUGUGUUCAGGUGCAUGUUUUUAUCCCAGAAGCUGAGUUGCUAAAUAAGUUGCAAAUGUGCCCCAAGGCAUCUUGUACAAAUGAAAACGUCAUUACUGCAAUUACUGUAAAAACCAUGUAAUUAAAGCUACAGAAUAGUGUCAGUUUUGUUAGGUGGACCAAACCGGCUUGAUUUGGAGCUAUGCUGUUCCUUCUGAUUUGUCUUUCUAAAAAAACAUUCCAAAUGGUACCCUAUUCCAGAUUCUGACGGCAACAAUCCAAGAGGGAAUACCUGCCAGUCUGUGACUCAUCACUCUUAAAGUCCCACUGAUUGCCAUGUAUUUGUCUCAAUCCACUGAAUGCGUUGCUUUGUUCGUUUAACCGAGUAACCUCAGAUGUCUUCUAUUCAUUGGCUUCCACAUAAAGAGCUUGCUUUAUUUCUUCCCUUCAACUCUGGUUUUGGAUUUUGAAGAAAAAGAAGACUCCGACAUCUACAUGAAAUCUGUUUCCGUUCACAGUGGUCACAAUACAACAUCCACAUGGCCCUUCAAAGGGGACUUCUGAAGCUGCACUUACCAGCAAUACACAUCUUCCCCUUUAGAUGCUGUUAUCUUUCCUGAUGUUUAUUCACUUUCUCAUAAAUUCAUAUGUUAAGGAGUAUAUAAAAAAAAAAGAAUGAAAAAUGUGUUGUCUAUAAAAUAAAUCCCAGAAUACUCUGCACUUUGGCUGUUGCUGGCACUAAAUACGAUUAGAUCUGGCUGCUGUGUAUGCAGGGUAAUAGAGGGUACUAUAGGGCAUAGGGCAGGUCCAGGAGAUGACUGAUGGACAGCAUGUGGUACAUAUUGAUAUCAGGACUAUUAAGAGUAUUUAUGAGAUUUCAAGUGCUGCAGUCAUCGCUAUUUGUCACUGCUUUCAAAAUGUGUAAUUAAUGAAAGUGUUGCUCUAUAUUCCCAGACUGGUUUCAAUGUGUUGGUUACAAUUCAAACUGAGUUACAAUGUGGGUCAGUAAAACUGACAAUGUAAUUUAUAAGAUUUUCUUCAGGCAUUUUCUAUUAAGACACAAAAGUGGGGAAUUAUAGAGGAGAGUUUUUGCUGAGAGGGAAUGGUAUUCCAAUCCAUACUGCAGCCACAGGCUGCUGCUCAGAGCACUGGAACACUGUGGAGCCUUCACAUUGACUAUUGGCUGUAGUGCGGAUGGGGCCUUCACAUUGACUAUUGGCUGUAGUGCGGAUGGGGCCUUCACAUUGACUAUUGGCUGUAGUGCGGAUGGGGCCUUCACAUUGACUAUUGGCUGUAGUGCGGAUGGGGCCUUCACAUUGACUAUUGGCUGUAGUGCGGAUGGGGCCUUCACAUUGACUAUUGGCUGUAGUGCGGAUGGGGCCUUCACAUUGACUAUUGGCUGUAGUGCGGAUGGGGCCUUCACAUUGACUAUUGGCUGUAGUGCGGAUGGGGCCUUCACAUUGAUUAUUGGCUGAAGUGUUGAUACUAAAUACUAUACUUGAAGUUGGCCCCCAGGAAGGCAUCAGUGAUGGGACUGGGGUGGUCCCUUCACUAUGUCUCUAUCGCCCCUUUAAUGCAAAGAUCCAUUCAAUUGUAUAAGUCACCAUUCGCCCUGUUUUUGCAUAUCUGUUGUCAUGAUGAUGAUGAUGAUGUCAUAAAGUAUUGUCUACAUUU